AUGACGCCCCGUACGGGUAAAAGGUCAUCUCGUGCAUGUUUGCGAUGUCGCCAACGCAAGACGAGAUGUGACCUUGACAGAAUCGGAGAGCCGAGAAAGGCUCCCUGCUUGUCAUGUUACGAUGCUGGGACCGAAUGCAUCCUGAUUAAGUCCCGGCGUGGAGGCAAUUUCCGUCAGCAUCGGCCCGAGUCAGAAACGUUGCGAGGCUCGAGGGCGUCGCUGCUGACACACAUUGAAGACUCCUCUGAAGUUGGCGUGGAAUCGUUUCGCAACAUGUCCGAUCUUGCUAGAUGCUCUUCGGACGAUGAAGACAGUGUCGCGAGGCAGGACUCUGGGGACGUUCUAGCUAUGGAGCUCCGAAAUCCGUCUGAUGCGUUGCAGAUUCUGGCCCUGUCUGGUCAGGCUCAAUCGACAAACCAGCCUCGAGACCAGUCUUCGAACAUCGCAAGCCCCAGUGACCGAAUGUAUCCUGCACCACAAGACACAGAUCCGGCAGCCUCAAGUCAGCCUGAGAUCCCCAAACCGUACAAACCACCUUCAACCACUAUUUUCGAUGACUAUGAGCUAGUUCAAAGAGGGCUAUUGCGGCCAAGCCUCGUGUCUGAGCUACUAUAUAAGUAUCGCCGCUAUUAUCAUUCAUAUUGUCCGAUCGUCCCUUCGCAGUUGCUGGUAUCGUCAAAUAUGGCUAUAAUCCAGAGAUCAGACUACUUCCUUCUCACUGCAAUUCUGACCAUUGCAUCGAGGGAUGAUCCUCGUAACUCCCUUACCCACCGUUACUGCUGGGACCACACUCAACGUCUCCUGGUGGAUGUACUCCUGGCCCACCCGUGGACCCAAACCCCAGCAACUGUCCAGGGUCUAUUGCUUUUAGCGGAGUGGUUGCCACAUAUUCAGGUCCAUGAAACAUCAUCCGAAUCGCCAAAAAGUCUCUUCAGUGAAGAUAGAACAGCUUGGUCACUUGUCGGACUCGCAGUGCACCAUGGCUAUCUCCAGCGACUUGACCAAGCUGCCUUUCGUAACUUCAAUAGCAAUGAGUCAAAGCAACGCACGGAACAAGACAGGCUUGUAUGGGCAUACAUCUUCAUCGCAGAUCGACAAAUCUCAGUCCGUCUUGGCCAGUCCUUCUGGUCCCGAGGUCCGUCUCUCGCUGCCAAAUUCACAGCGGAAGACUUCCCAAGUCUUCAACCUCGUCCCGAGAAUGACAACGAAGACCAUGCGUCCUUAUUGCAAGCCUCUAUGGAGUUAAUACAAAUCUUACAUAAUGUCCAUGCCAUUCUUUACUCCUCAAGAGAUAGAACACUAGCAAUGAUCCAUGAGGGCCAUUACUCCCGGUACCUUGAUGACUUUCGAAACUCUGCGACAAUAUGGUAUUCGACGUGGGGUGACUUGGCAGUAUCGACGAAGGUAAAGAGCACCUUACUCAUAAUGUACGAGUACAUCUGUCUCUAUGCCAAUGCUUUUUCCUUCCAAGCUGUCCUGACGAGGGCCUCCGAGCCACGCAUGCCCCUAAACAAAAGACAGCAAAGCAAGCGCCCAUUCGCCGAUUUAUUAUCCAAGGGUAUCAUGUUAUCCCCCGAUGGCCGGUAUAUUUUUGAUGCCAUCAGCGCAGCCAUGAAUCUGCUGACUUUAAUGAACGGCCUCGAUCCUCAACAUGUGCUAUGCUACCUACCGUCUCGUUACUACUUAUACGGAGUGUACGCAGCAGUUCUACUCCACAAAGCAGACUGCGCGGGCGCAUUCCAAUCAGAAGGCCAGCAGCGAGAGGUUACCUCCCUGGCCCGCAAGUUCGUCGCUGUUCUGGAAAAGGCACCAUCGACUGAGUCACACAUCUGCCACAAUUAUAGCCAGAUGCUAAAGCAGCUAUGGAAUAGACGGCAAAAAGAGGAAACGGGGAACUCUCGCUGUCGGAAUGAAACAAUACGUGCAGGUUACCUUGACGGUCGCUCGACACAACCACCACCGCCUGUGACUCGGACAUAUGACCGGCCACGUUCUGUUCGUAAUUCGGACAACCCCGGUAGUGCUCAACGUGUUGAUUCUUUACCAAUAGUAGAUGACGUGCCCUCGUUUCCUUCCAUUGAAGGCUAUUUUCUUGGUUCAUUUAUGCCAGGUGUUGCUGAUUUCAGCAUGUUCAACUUCGAUGGAGACUUGGGUCAGCAAUAUCCGUUGGGCGGCGGAUUAGGUGGAUUCCAAGAUUGGGACCUCUGCCAGCCUGAUAUGGAUUCUCGAGGUCCCCCGUAGUAGUCACCUAGGCCCGUCAUCAUUAUAAAUAGAGAUAACCCAAUAAACGUAACCCCUGGGUCUCUGCUGCUGAAGAACAAGGAGACAUGGCUGUUCCAAGCUGGAAGGGACUUGGAACAGGAUGGGAGUUGGUACUCUGUCCACUUCUAAUCAGCAGUCUAUAGUUGAAACAGUCUUUUUGCAAAUUGAGCGAUACCUCUUUACCACUCAAAAG